CUCACUCACCUACAUAACAAACAACAAUAGUGAGGACAUGAUACUAUUAUUCAAAGUUACUUUCAACUGUUACAUACUUGACAGCUACCUAACCUAACAUCACAAUUUAAUUUAAUAUUUUAAUCUUUAAUUUAAAAAGUAUUUAAUAAUUUUUAGAAGAUUAAAAAUGAAAGUUAUUUAUUAUAUUCAGUGAGAUCAAAUACAUAUUUAAUCUCUAGGUGAAAAUAAGUUAUUUAAUUCUUAUAUAUUUUAUUUUCUAUAAUUAGAAGCGGCCAUGUCUUUAUCUGAUGAGAUAUUAUUAUUUAUCUUUUUUAUUUUGAGAAAGAAUAUUAUUCAGUGAUGAUGUUUGUGAUGAGUUAAUUAAUUAAUUGUAGCAUAUAUGGUUACUCUUGCACGCUAACUCUCUCUCUAAUCUAUAGGCUAUAUCAUUCUCCUUCUUCUUCUUCUUAUCUUGUUAUUGUUAUUGCAGAUUCUUUAGGUCAUAAAUAAUUGAGCUUAUUUAGGUGAAGAUAUUUGAUUGAUUCCUCCUCAUCUGCUUAGUUACUAAAUCAUGGCGGAACUGAUAGGGCCUCGCUUGUACAGUUGCUGUAAUUGUAGAAACCAUGUUUCUUUCCAUGAUGAUAUUAUUUCCAAGGCUUUUCAGGGAAAAAAUGGCCGAGCCUUUCUGUUUUCACAUGCAAUGAAUGUUGUCACUGGGCCAAAAGAAGACAGGACUCUCUUGACUGGCCUCCACACUGUUGCCGAUGUUUACUGUGGUGAUUGCCGCGAAGUGCUGGGAUGGAAAUACGAAAGAGCUUACGAGCCUUCUCAGAAGUACAAGGAAGGAAAAUUCAUUCUUGAAAAGUCAAAAAUUGUUAAGGAGAACUGGUAGCAUUCACUUAUGCAGCUUUGCUCCCAAUCCAUUCAUUCCAUUUGCGAUGUAGAUUUAUUCAUGCUUUGGAAUAUUCACUAUAUAUGUACAGGAAGUACUCAUGUCAUUGCUUAUCCAACUUCAUAUUAUGUUUCCUCAUGUUAUAAUUAGAAGUGAAAUUGUAAUAUAACUUGUUUAUUCGUCGUUAAUAAAAUCGUGUAUUCAUUUUCGAAAAUUCA